UAAGUGAGGCAACAUGAGGAGUACGAGAAAGCAAGGAAGGAACCAUCAGCUUUCAUGGAGCCCUGCUUUCCCAGCUCUGCGGCCGGUUGCUAAUGAUGUUGUUAGGCGCUGCUCCUGGGUGACCUAGUUUCUGAGUAGUGCGGCUCAGCGCUGUGCCUGCCUCACUCCCAUCCAGAGGCCGUAGGAGUAGGAGGAGGAGGAGGAGCAGGACUGGCUGAGCGGCACAGCUGCGAGUUACACAAGGCACGGAUGGAUCUCCCGCACUGAAUGUGACAUUGGAGGUGCAGCAGCAGUAGCAGGAGUAGCAGUCAGUCUGUCAGUCUGUCAGUUCCCGCGCUGGAUCAUUACUGCCUCACACUGUGCCCCCCCGGAUACUUUUUUGUGGGCUCCUGGAUCACGAUGUCAUGUUGAGACUGGGUAUUCUGACUCCCUGCCUCUUGGAUUUAUUCAUCGCACUGAGAGAAGAAGCCGGGAUUAGUACAGUGCCGGGGUCCUGGCAUGGCACAGCGCCCCUCUAACUCAUCCUACUGACAGGGAGAAGAAGAUUUCAGUUCGUUGGCCACAAAAAGGACCCUGAUGUAAUCCUGUGCUGAAUAAACGAGCUGAUGGAUGAAGAUGAGAAAGAGAGAACAAAGAGGGCAUCACGCAACAAAUCUGAGAAGAAGAGAAGAGACCAGUUUAAUGUCCUCAUCAAAGAACUCUGCACCAUGUUGCAGGGCCAUGGACAACCACUUAAGAUGGACAAGUCCACAAUAUUGCAAAAGACCAUCGAUUUCUUACAGAAGCAGAAAGAAAUCACAGCACAGACUGAAGCCUGCGAGAUUCGACAAGACUGGAAACCUUCUUUUCUUAGCAAUGAGGAGUUUACUCAGUUGAUGUUAGAGGCUUUGGAUGGCUUUCUCAUAGCGCUUAACACUGAUGGGAUUAUAAUUUAUGUGUCAGACAGUGUUUCAUCCCUUCUCGGUCAUUUACCGUCAGAUAUGGUGGACCAAAAUAUAUUAAAUUUUCUGCCGGAGCGGGAACAGGCGGAGGUGCUGAAACUUUUGGCAUCGCACAUCCUCAUGACGGAGCCAAUCAUUCCUGAAUAUUUCAACAAUGAAAAGCAAGUGGAAUUUUGCUGUCAUUUAGCAAGAGGAAGCCUGGAUCCCAAUGAGCCCCGGAUGUAUGAGUUUGUCAAAUUUGUUGUAGAUUUUAAAUUCUGUAAUAAUGUGCCUACAUCCUCCUAUAAUGGGUUUGAGUCUGCUGUGGCAAGGGCAUUCCGGUCAGGCACUGAGGAACAGAUAUGCCUGGUGGCCACUGUUCGGUUGGUGACACCGCAAUUUCUAAAGGAGCUUUGUAAUGUAGAGGAACCUUGCGAAGAAUUUACCUCAAGACACAGCCUAGAGUGGAAAUUCCUUUUUCUGGACCACAGGGCCCCACCUAUAAUUGGCUACUUACCCUUUGAAGUGCUUGGGACAUCAGGGUAUGAUUAUUACCAUGCAGAUGACCUGGAGCUCUUAGCAAGGUGCCAUGAACACUUGAUGCAGUGCGGGAAGGGAAAGUCCUGUUAUUAUAGGUUUCUAACCAAGGGCCAACAGUGGAUCUGGCUCCAGACUCACUACUUCAUCACAUACCACCAGUGGAAUUCCAAGCCAGAGUUUAUUGUUUGUACGCACACUGUCGUCAGCUAUGCUGAAGUUCGAGCAGAGAAAAGGAGAGACCUUGGGUUGGAGGAAUCAGCUCUUGAGUUAUCAGAAACUUCAAUGAAGCCCCAGAAUACUUUCUUAGAAAUCAGGCACACAACCCAGGAGCCCAGCAGGGAAAGGAUGUCUGUUUCAUCCCACAGCUCCCGAAUAUCCUCCCACACAGCACUAUCCGACUCUGCCUCCACAUCCUCCAUGAGAAUUACAGAGGCUAGCACACCAUCCAGGCGCUCUCUAAAUGUGAACCAGCAAGAGAAUCCUCAGAUAAGAAUGGCUCCAAAUUCAAACCAGCCAGGAAGACCUCAAGUCUCAUCAGAAAAUCUGUCUCAGCAUCAUGUUGCUCAUUCUACAGUUUCACCUCAACAGGCAAUUAUGCCUGUUUACCAUUAUCCCAAUUCGGCCCAGUUUGAGAUAGGAGAACAUAUGAAGGAGCAACUACAAGAGAGAACUCGGAUGUUACAGGCUGACAUCCAAACACAGCAGAUGGAGCUGGAUGUGAUCAAGGAGCAGCUUCGGAGAAUGGAGGAUUCUAAUCGGCAGAUGCCGCAACCAAUCCCCAUGGGAUACAGCAGUUUACAACAAUCAGAUCCUAGAAUGGUGUCUCAUCAGUCGUCUGGGGCUCCUAGGCAAAGUGUUGAUUCAACCAAGAAGUCUCAGGGCAUGAUUCCAGCAAAACGUUUCUGUGUGUCCAAUGUAGCUGUUCAGCACCAGUAUCUGACUCCUGCACAGAAUACACAGCAGCAUUUGCAGCAGGGUCCUCUACAGCAACAGCAGCAGCAGCCACAGAAUCCUCUACAGCAACAACAGAAUGUUUUGCAGCAACAGCGGCAACAACAGUUACAGCAAAAACAGCAGCUCCAGCUACAAAAACAACAACAGCUACAAAAACAACAGCAGCAAUUACACAAGCAGCAGCAGCUACAGAAACAAAACCAAAUUCAACCCCAUCAGCAUCAAAGGCUCAUAAGAGGGAAUCAGCCACAGCAGACAGCAACUCUGCCUGUCCCAGCUCCUAGUAACAUUGUAAUGCCGCUGUACAGCAACACAAUGUUUCCUCAAGCACAUCCCACUGUUGUUAAUUCAAGGGUUCCAUCUGAAACUGGGGAUCGCCAACAAGCAACUGAAUACAAACAGGACAGGCACUUAAGGUUUGAUCAGGAUCAGCAAAUGCGGCCUCCAUCAUUACACAUGCAGCCAAUCACAUGCAGUACAGUGAUUGCUGUGCAACCUCCUCCAGCCUAUACUCCAUCGGUCAUGAUCCCUCAUUCCAGUUUCAGCACCCAGCAAAGCCAUGCGUCGGUCCAUGUGCACCAAUGCCAGCAGCAGCAGGUCCAGCCACAGCAUCUGUAUCUGCAGAUGCAGACCCAGGACACAGUACAAACUGCACAUUCUCAACGCAUUUUCCAGCAGCCUCACAUGUCGCAGCAAAGCACAAUGGGGUAUUUUUUACAUCCUCAGCAACAAAACCAAUCUGGAAAUGUGACUGACCUGCCUGAGAUGCAGCUCCCAUGAUGCAUCAAUAAGAAGUGACAGUUAGACCUCAGGGACAGCAGAUGUGUCAGAAAGGGAAAGGCCUCCCAGAAUUCACUGCCUGGAGAAAGCUCUUCUGCCUCACAGCAACAGGGGGCGCUAAAACAGAUGAGUCAAUCCACUGGACAGAAACGACAUACUGACGGCCCAAAUCAUGUUUCUAAUGUUACUACUGAUUGACACGGCAUGGAAUUGAAGCCAACACCUUCACCCGAUGAUAAAGUCCCGGCUGCCUUUAUGGAGAAUGAAAGUGUGUGUGUUCCAGUGUUACAAUGUUAUACCCAGUGUAUAUGUCAGGGGCUUUUAUUGGUGUUGUCUGCCAAAGCUAAUCAAGCUAAUUACUAUAUUAUUAAUAUUGACUCACUGCAAAUGAUAGCUCUUGGUAGUUACAUUGUACUUUUUGCUACUGGUUUUCGUUUAACUUGUUGCAGAGCAAUGCAUUGUGGGUCAGAAUGGCCAAAAAACGUGAAAUUAUUUAAUGAAGGGCACACACUGCCGCAGCACUGGAAUAUUUCCUACUCAGCCCUGCACUGAAUUUGCCCAUAUAUAUAUAUAUAAAUAUAUAUAAUAUAUAUAUGAUCGCAGCCCUUUUCACCAAAUUCUUUUUAAACCAUUGCUGCACCAUUAUAAAAGAAGAAAAGGCAGAUCCACAGGACAGGGGUGCAAAUAUGGUAGGAACCCCCCAGCAAACUUAAAUGCUAAGAUUUUUCCCCAGGCUGGUGCUCCUUUUAAGGAAAAAAUGCACCAACUCAUGGAAACAACAUCAGUGCCAGCAUUAUGCUUAUUUCUCCCAGGCGUCCCUACAGCAGGCUGAGCCGGUGCAUUUUUUUAAAAGGAGCACCAUACUGGGAAACAAUCCUAGCAAUUCACUUUUCUGGGGGGGUUCCUAAUCCUACCCUACUGCUAAUGCCAACUAGGGCUUAUUCUUGGCUUAUAAAUAAACUCAGGCUUAGAAUCAGCCAACUGCUGGUCUCUGCUCCUUCCUGAGUCUGCACCAUUAGGCAAGGAUUUUGGCGUGAAAAAUCACAUGUGUGUUUCCAUGCCAAAAUCUGCUCUGUGUGUGUCUGCACCCAGUUUGUGCACUGUGCUCUAUAGAGCAUAAUUAUUAUCACAGAUUGUCCCAAACCGAUUUCUCAAAAAACAUCUGAUGCUCCAUUGUGUGUGUUAUGCAUGAAUGACUAAGAGCUAGUGUCCCUCAAUGUGCGCUACAGAAUCCCAGUGCUAAAGCACCUGAGUGAGCCAGUUCAGUCCUCAAAAUUUCUCAGUGGGCAAGUUAUUUAUAAUUUUUCAUAAUACUUUAUGAAAACUCUUAAAGGAUUUUGGGAAAUCAGACAAUUUGGUGACUUGGGAUUUUAUCACAUGACCCUUGUGUACUAGGCCAGGACACUUGCACUUUGUCACAUAGAGACCAACUGGCCAAAGAAACACUUGCUGGUUAAUAGAUUUUGAAAACUGAACUUGGAAAAAUCAGCAUUCUACCUUAAAAAGGUAAGCACUGAAGCAGGUUUUAGUGAAUAAUUGUAUUAUGUUUAUAAUCUAGGGUAUAUGUGCACACUCCUAAGGUUAUUUUAGGAAUCGUAUGAUCAUAUACAGGCCACCAAUACCAAGGUGGCUAACAUCUUAUUACACAGCAGGGUGUACAUUGCUUAUUUUAAUACAAGAGUUUUAAUUAUGUCAUGUGACCUCACUAAGCACCUUUUAUAGAGAUAUAUUUUAAAGCUUAUUCAGAGAUCUUGUGCAUUAUUAAUAUAUCUAUAAGUAUUGGCUGAUUUAUAUAGGUAUAUAUAUAUAUAUUUUUUUUUUUUUUCCAUCUGUGAGUUUGAACUUGAAGUCACUAUCCAAUACCAAAGGAUACUAAUGGGAGAAAUCCAUUUGUGCAAUGCAGGAGCCUCUGCCAUCUCAUUGUUAAUGCUUCUGCUCCUGUUUAUUCUGUGUAAUUAUCGUUAGUACUAGAGGAGCCAACCGGCUGAUGCUGCCAGUUUGCAUGAACAACAAGCCAAACAAUUUGGUGAUGAAUGGCUUGGAUUCGGAAAUAUGUUGUAUUAUGGGCCUCUUGGGGGCUGAUAUUUUAUUCAAGCCAAGUUGCACAUCUGCCAAAACAUCACUAACCUGGAAAAUGAGGAGCUGAAAUGAUGUUGGCUGACUUAAUGAACACUAAAGGGGUUAGUGCCUGUAAUUUAUUUGUGUAUUUGAAAAUUUUCUAUUUUUAUUUAUAAUCCCUGUCGACUUGUUUUAUGUUUGAAGCACUUUCCCCGCUAAUUAUUCGAUUGGCGCUGAGUGAAAGGGAAGUUUGGUUACAGGAACAUUUACUGAUAGAUUCAUAAUUACUUUUGUAUCAGCUUAUGUGUAAAUAAGUCAGAGCUGACAGUGUUAUUGGCCGAGACAUUGGGCAAGUGCUAGAAUGGGGAGCAGCUAGAGCGGUGUUAACGCUGAGGAUUUCCUAUAGAUUUUUCCUAUAGAUGCCAUAUAACCCCAACUCAUUAUUAUGUUACAGUUUCUUUGUCCGUGGAUCCUGUAGUUCCCAAAAGAGAUGUUAGGCCUCAAAUUGGACAAUUGUGACAGAAAUAUUAAAAGCACUAAACAAUGAUUACCCAGCAUCAUUUAUACAAUGCCAUUAAUAGAAUAUUUCCCCUCGAGCAAAAGACCCCAAAGGAAAUGCCUUUUCUGCCUGCUAAAAAAGACCGCACAGAGCUGCCACCACUUUUUCAGGCAGAUGGGGCAUUUGGACCACAACUGGGCAGUGGGCAGCAAUGGUCAGAGGUCAUAUGGAUGUGCCAGUUGCUGCUCAUAAUGCUAUAGAGCUACAUUUUCAUAAACAAAAGCAUAAGCCAAAAGUAAAGGCAAUAUAUUUAUCAUUAUACUGAUGAUUUAUGCUGAAAGAAGAGUCAGUGUCACUGCCAGUAACACUGCAGUCAGGUUAUUUCACUAUAUAAUGUCUGUAUUCAUGUACAAAGUAUAGGAUAACAUGAGCCUAUGGGUGUGGCAAAUUAGAGCCCAGAGUGAUGAUUAAAAAGAUAUAUAUUUGUGUUUUACUUCAAAAUGGCAGUUUUCCCCAAAUCCUGGUUUGGGAGAUCAUUAUCAGCUAGCAAAGCCAAAGAGGCACAGUGACCAGCAGCACUAGAUGUACAAAGAGUUACAUGAAAGGGAAUAUUCACCAAUACACUGUCUCGUUAAAAUUCCGUAUUUAUACUGCAACACAAAGAUUUAUACACACAUAUACCAGUGUCCAGAGUGGUAAAGCAUUUAAUGUUCAAGGUGCCUCAUUGAUUCUGCUUACUGCCCAUGCCCCUUUUUUAUGGCUGGAUCCUGCAUACCUAUGUGCAGAUGCAUCAUGUUUCCAUAUUGUAGGCCUAAUAAUUAGUGUUGUGUUGUUCCCACGCUGGAUAAAAAGAACGGUAACAGAUUACAAUCAUUCAGGGAAUCAUAGUAACCCAACAGGACCCAGUAGUCUGUGAAGGUGCAUAAACCUAAUAAAGAAGUGUCACUGCCUAUUUUACUCAAAUCCUUACAUGCAACCCUCUGCGGUUCUGGCCAAGUCCAAAUGCCAGGGAGGAGUGACUUAUCCAUUAGGGUUUUGGGCUAGAACAAGAUAAGGGCUUUGGUCAGCUAAGGAAGGUAUCCAGGGAUCUUCUGUCUGCCCGACUGAUAUCUAAUAAGAUACUGAUUCCAUUCAUGGGAGCCCCAGCUGUCAGUAUGAUCAACAUAGUAAAAAGAACAUUAGACAUUAUCUCUGUAGCCUUAUGUCAUGCCCCAAGGGCACUUAAUCAUAGCCUAGAUUGUGUCCUCCAAGCAUGAAAUCAGUAAUACUACAGAGAUGAGGUCUCAAGUAAGAGAAUGUUCUGCUCAUUAUCCCCCAACCCCCACUCAUUACUGUUUUGUUAUGUGGAGGGCGGUUGCACCUCACAUUAGGCCUGGCACUGUGGGAUGUGUUCCGGUGUCAUGUGGUAUAAUUCACAUAGAAGCCUGGAAACUUACUGUACUCAGUGCCUCUUUUAUAGCCACCCUUGAAAAUAGCAAAGUACUCUAUAACAUGGCAACCUAAGUAAUGUUUGCUUUCCAAGUGCAAAAGGAAGUUAGAUUGCUAAGAGAAAAACAUCUUGUGCCAAAGGUUUUAGGGGCAUAGUGAAUGAUUUUGCUUACACUGGGCUAUAGAAUGAUCUAGUAAAGAGAAACCAAGUGAUGUGGGGAAGGCUUA